AUGGCGGAGUAUGAUGGUCGAAGAGACCGGUCACGUGGAUUGCCCAAAGACCUGCCUCCCUCUUUAGAUGGUCAUAGUAUUAGCACUCCUGAUUUUCAGAAUAUUUAUAUUGAUAAAUUAUUAUCAAACAAAGCACAGCAUGUAUUAGUCUUUGUGCAAGAUAGGCUGAGUGUUGAAGAUUUCACUCAGUACAGCAAUGCAUACAGUGACAGUGAAGAUGGAGCAGCUCUUCACAAUAUCAAGGAACAAAUGGAGAGCCACACGUCCACCCACCUGUCUUCUGUAGAAAGCCCAGUCGCUGCCAUAAAGCAACUGAAAAAGAAGUAUGUGGACAGCGUGCAAGAAGUGACAGCUCCUCACGAGGUUGACUCUUUGAGUUUUGAGAAGCCCGGUUUGGUUAUCGUCCACUUGCCAGAUGUGACUUUAGAAGAAGGGGAGAAGUUGAAGCAGUUCAGAAAGAAUGAUGAUCUGAUUGGUGCUUUGACAUCUAAAGCAAAACAUUCUGGUGUGCCUUUUACAGCAUAUUUCACGGCUGAAGAAACAUCUAAGAUUCCAGUCUCCUAUCCAUACCUGGGGCGCCAUCUUUUGGCCACAAAUGAAAACACUUCAACGUACCUUAACUUCCACAACUGCUCAUUGUUCUACACCACGGGGGUCUACAUCUCCCUGUUCACAGUUAGUUCCAUCAUGGACAAAACUGUGGAGAAAGACAUCAAGACGUUCGUCAAUACUUCUGACAUGUUGCCACCCAACCCGACUUUUACUGAUGAUACCAGUUGUUUGAAUAUGUCAGCAUCCGUGAACUCAUCAGUUAUUGGAUUGACUUAUCCAGGGGAGAUUACUAUUGAUGAUUACACCAUGACAGAUUUGACUAUUAAGUAA